UUGUCCUCAACUUUUCUGACGGUUUCAAACUUUGUUGUUCUUGGCCAAUAGCUGCUAUCAAUAAUAGAGUUCUUCUUCGGUUUCACUUCCAUACACUGACUGACUGAGCUCUCAGAUCAUAACUCAGAAGCAUGUCGCAAUCACUGAGCUACUGAGGUGUAGUGAUCGCAUCGCAUGGAAGCUGCCAUGAAGGCAGCGAUGGAGGAGCCACUCCUCGCCGACACCGGUGACGCAGGGAAGAACGGCGGCGACGAGGAGGAGGAGAGCCUUGUGGUGAUAGAGGUCAAGAAGCAGCUGUGCCUCGCCGGGCCGCUCAUCGUCGGCAUGCUGCUGCAGAACGUCGUCCAGAUGAUCUCCGUCAUGUUCGUCGGCCACCUCGGCGAGCUCGCCCUCUCCAGCGCCUCCAUGGCCACCUCCUUCGCCGGCGUCACCGGCUUUAGCCUGCUGGCCGGCAUGGCGAGCAGCCUGGACACGCUGUGCGGCCAGGCGUUCGGCGCGAAGCAGCACCACAUGCUCGGCGUCUACAAGCAGCGGGCGAUGCUGGUGCUCGCGCUGGCGAGCGUCCCGGUGGCGGUGGUAUGGGCAUUCACCGGCGACAUCCUCGUGCUCGUCGGCCAGGACCCGGAGAUCGCGGCGGGGGCCGGGAGCUACAUCCGGUGGAUGAUCCCGACGCUGUUCGUCUACGGGCCGCUGCAGUGCCACGUCCGGUUCCUGCAGACCCAGAACGUGGUCCUGCCGGUGAUGCUCAGCUCCGGCGUGACGGCGGCGAACCACGUGCUCGUCUGCUGGCUCCUCGUGCGCCGGCUCGGGCUGGGCGCCAAGGGCGCCGCGCUCGCCAACGCCGUCUCGUUCCUCACCAACGUCUCCGUGCUGGCGGUCUACGUCAGGCUCUCGCCGUCGUGCAGGCGCACCUGGACCGGGUUCUCCGGCGAGGCGUUCCGCGACGUGCUCGGCUUCUUGAGGCUCGCCGUGCCAUCUGCGCUGAUGGUCUGCAUGGAGUGGUGGUCGUUUGAGCUCCUGGUGUUGCUCUCCGGCCUUCUGCCUAAUCCCAAGCUUGAGACGGCCGUCCUAUCCAUCUGCUUGAACACCAACUCCUUCGCGUUCAUGGUGCCACUUGGACUUGGUGCUGCCAUAAGUACGCGCGUGUCGAAUGAGCUCGGAGCUGGGCGACCGCAGGCGGCACGCUUGGCGACCCGUGUGGUCAUGAUCCUGGCGUUCUUGGUGGGCACAUCGGAGGGCCUGGUGAUGGUUCUCGUUCGCAACCUGUGGGGGUAUGCGUACAGCAACGAGAAGGAAGUGGCAGAGUACAUUGCUAAGAUGAUGCCUAUUCUCGCGGUGUCCAUCCUGUUCGAUGGAAUUCAGUGUGUUCUGUCGGGUGUUGUUAGGGGCUGUGGACGACAAAAGAUCGGUGCUUUCAUCAACCUAGGGGCUUACUACUUGGCUGGUAUCCCUCCAGCAUUCUUUUUUGCGUUUGUCUGCCACCUAGGAGGAAUGGGACUCUGGUUUGGAAUAUUAUGCGGACUAGUGGUGCAGAUGCUUUUGCUUCUCACCAUCACCUUGUGCACCAACUGGGAUAAAGAAGCAAUGAAAGCGAAGGAUAGAGUAUUCAAGUCAUCACUUCCUAUAGACUUGGCAACAUGAGAUUACAUCAACCGAAGUGCCAAAGUACGCAGUUCCAUUGGAUGCAAAGAAUUACAGCUAAAUUAGAUCAGGUGCACUGGGCAGAAUCAAUGAGCUUUUAUUGUCUGAUUUAGCUGUAACGAGUACAGAGUACUGGUACACCGAUGUCGGAAGUGCUAUGCAUCGUCCAUGCGAGAUGAACAUGCUGAGUACUAAUUGACAGGUUUUUGUAGCGUGCAAAAACCUGUUAGAUUUUGUAUUGCACGUUCUAGAUGUACCAAAUGUUUGAUUUUUUUUAUGAGAAUUAAAUUUACUUUAAUGAAAAAUCACAAAAGUAGAGGUCAUCCGAGGAAAAUCGUGAAUUUAGGGGUCUAUCGAACGGUGGAUGUUCGACUGGGGCCUGUUGAACGGAGGGAGUUUGACAGGGCCCACCACCCAUUCGACUGUUGAGCCAGCCGGGUCUGUCGAACUGCCGCAGUUCGAUAGGGGGCCUGUCAAACU